CAGAGCUCCCGUACAUUUUACGGUGCUGUUUCUUGCCUAAGUUUUAUAAAAGAUAUAGGAAAUGGUGAGAUUAUUAGCUGUUAUUUUGGCUGUGGCCAUUUUUAGUGUUGUUUUAAGCAAGACUUUGGAAGAGACAAAGGAUUUGGAACAAAAAGUUCACCGGCUGUGGAAGAGAUACAUCAACCAGGCUCUAUCAUCGGGCUUCAACAGCAACGGCCUCUCCAGGAUUCGAACUCGGAGAAACGUAGCGGAGGACUGUGAGAAAUUAGAACUGUGCAAACUGCACGCGAGAUCUUCUAGUAACUUCAUGUCUGCGUUCGAACUUUACUUCGUCAACAAAGAGAACGCCCGGCUAUGGGACCACCAGACGCACACGGCGGCCGACUGCAACCGCCGAUUCGCUCAUUGCUUCGGUGGUGCGCAGCCCCAACAAAAGCCGCAACAUCAGAGGCAGUUCAGAGACAGCAGUCCUGACUAUGAUAACGAUAGAGAGUUUAGUAGUGAUGAUUACGAAUGAUCAUAACAACUAGGUACUGAAUUAUUGGUAAAGCCUGACCAGGAAUAUAUGAUCACGCGACAGGUUGCGGAAUUUUAACAGAACUAUUUUUUUCAUACUAUACUUAACUGUCACC